UUUCUGUCGGUGGUCGAAAGCUCAUUUUAUAUCACGUAUCCGUAAAGUCAACGAAGGCAGCAAUCACAACGUUAAAUAUUUAUUUUUAUUUUAUUUAUUUUGUGAAAAAAUAGAGAGAGAGAGAGAAUCAGCAACAAUAAUCGAAAACACAGCUGCUGCAGCAACAAUAUAAAAAUGACCUCAACUUCAACGAUAAAACGAUUUAUAUACAUUUUCGAUGUUAUAUGCACUUUGCUGGCAGCCGUAUUAAUUGGCUUUGGAAUAUACGUUAUUUUGACAUAUGAUACAAAUGAAAUUGCCUCGAUAGCUGCAUAUUCUUAUAUUGGCAUUGGUAUUUCCGUAUUUGUGAUUUUAUUAUUUUUAACCAUUGGAGCCGCGAGAGAAAAUGUCUGUUGUACUAUAACGUUCAUUAUUCUUAUGCUUGUGGUCAUUCUUGCGCAAGUAGCGGUUGCAUUUUUCUUAACUAGAAACGAAGGAGAUGUUUCCUCAAAUUUAUCGAAUACUUUAGAUGCAUCAUGGGAAGAUGAACUUAAAAGUCCUGGUGCCAUGUCACAUUAUGAAACUUGGUUCAAUUGCUGUGGUCGUGCCAGUCCUCAGGAUUAUAUAGUAAAUGAUCGUUUACCUCCAGAUAGCUGUUUCAAAAAUAUGGAAUCCUCAAUCGUAGAAAAUCUCAUCGAGACCGGUUGUCGUAUUAAAUUUGAACAAUACUGGUCAAAUUUAUUAAGAGCUUUCAAUAUUGUUGCUUGGGUUUUAAUUGGUUUAGAGUUGCUGGUGACUUUCGUCUCAUGCUGCCUAUGCAACAGUAUUCGCAACGAUCGCAGGCGUUCAUUUUAUUAAAGUUUAUUCUUCAUACACAUACUUAGCUUUAAAGUAAACCCGGUUGCUUUUUUUUCGAAAUGAUUUGUAAUCUUUCAAAUUACACACAAACAUUGAACAAUUAAUUAUGCAGUAGUCAUUCCUCUAAGGUAGAUCAUAAAGUGUGCCAUCAAAUCUAACAAAUAUUUAUUUAAGAUAUUUCCCCACACGUUUAGUACCAGUGAAUCGUGAAUAUUUGAAGCGACAAGAAAAACACAUUUGAGAUUGUCCGCCUUAAAGCUGAAAUUACUGCAAUGUAUUUAUAUUUUUGUAUAGUCAUCGUUUUGUAUUUAAUAAAUAUUUAAAACCAACAAUUUUAGUUAUUUAAUGUUUUAAAUCUGUCCGUUUUUAUAAUUUUAUUUAAUAUACAUGUACGUAUUGAUAAAAAACAAUGUAUUUUUUUAAAUAAAGAAUAAAAACUGUUAACGAAUUAAAUUGAAAUAAUUAAAACCA